AUGCAGAGGGAUCAGAUAACUGAGGAUCUCUUCCCUGGGGAGCAGGAAGAAUCAUUAGCCGACGAUCUCACCCCCUCAGUCACCUCAAACACCUCGGAUCUGCUUCGCCGCAUCCAAGGUGGAGACAAAGACACAUUGAUCAGUUCAUCAGAUGAAGACUCUGAUGAUGUCUCUAUUCCAUCCAAUGAAGAGCAAAAGGUGGUGCGAACACAAACACGAUACAAAGUGAACGUGUCUGAUGUGUCCGCUGUAAGUCUGAGAAACUGUGUCUGUCACCCUCUAGCUUACAGCACUGAAGACCAGUUGUUGUGGAGGCCAGAGGUUCUGCCAGUGCAUGAAGUGGAGGAGUUCUUGCUGAAUGCACAAAGACCCCGUGGCCAGGAGGAGGCAGUAGGAACCGAGGAGGUCAUUGUCCAAGACAAUGAACAGGCACUGUACGAGUUAGUGAAAUGCAACUUUAACGUCGAAGAAGCACUGAGGCGAUUUCGUUUCAACGUGAAAGUAUUCAGUGAAGAGCUCUGCUCCUGGAGCGAGGAGGAGUGCAGGAACUUUGAGCAUGGGUAUCGAGUUUAUGGGAAAAACUUCCACCUCAUUCAGGCAAAUAAGGUACGAACACGCUCAGUGGGCGAGUGUGUGGAGUAUUACUACAUGUGGAAGAAGUCUGAGCGUCACAAGUACUUUACUCAGCAGGCUACCAGGCUGAGCCGCAAGAAGUACAGCCUGCAAUCAGGGAGCAUGCGCUCCAGAAGAAGAGGGCCGCCCCAGGCGCAGACGAACUCCCCGUUUUCUCUUAAAGCCAUGACCUCAGUCCACUCAGGCCACAGACAGCAGGUUGAGCAGCCUGCAGAUGGUGAGCUGGUGAUGGGCUUGUCAGAGCUGUGCGGCGACGAGUGUCCUCAGCAGCUGUUCGGAUGUCCUUUCUCUCUCCCGCCCAUAGACGGCCUGCAGGAAUCUGGCUCAGAUAGUUGUUGUCCUUCAGCUCCAGUCCAGCUCCAGUCUCAGCUCUUUGCUGAGACCUCCCAGUGGGCCUGCGGGAACUCUCCGGCCCUCCACGACAACCACGGGCUCCCAAACUCUUGUUUCUUUCAGCUCCACAUGCGUGGUGAACAUUUACUUUCUGAGGGCCCUGACUGUGGCACGGUGAGCGGUGGGGCCAGCGCUUCCCACAUGCUGCAGGUGGAAUUUAGCCUGCCGUCCUCUUCAUCGUCCUCAACCGCUGUCCUCCCGUCACACUUCCAGGCAUUCGGCAGUUUGCUUCACCCCCACCCGUCCAGCAUCCUCGCUCUCUCACACAGUGAAGGGGACACGGAGAUAUCGAAGCGGUACUCUGUGUAAUUUGCCCUGAGUGUUUUUGGUUGGUAGUGAUCUUUUACAGCGGGGUGAAAAAGAAACGAGAGGACAAAAAGUGCGUUAAUGCAACUUGCUUGAAAACAGAUGGACCUAUUACCUGUUAGCAGGUGACUCGUGUGCCUCUUCUUAAACGGAGGCGCUCGAAUCCUACGCCCAUUGUGGAAUGAUGACUGUGUUAAUCACUACUUUCAGGCAUUGAUUAUGUGCUGCUGUCCAUUAUUCCUGAAAUUGAUUAUUGACAAUGUUGACCACUGCUGCUUUGUUUUCUUAUUUAUCAGAACAGACUAAUUUGACUGCUGCUCAGAUUUGGUUUUUCCCCCCAGAUUCUUCCCGUGAAUACAGACAACAUGACUGUUUUUAUGCUCCUCAUAUCAGUCAGCAUUUUCACUGCUGCAGCUAUUUCAGAUCUGCUAUUGGACUGUACCUCACCUGAUGUAAUAGGGGGUUGGGGGGGUCUGACUACAGAGUAAAAUCUGUCCACUUAUACAACAUAGAAUAGUUUAUUUAAACAUUAACUUAAAAUGUUUUCUCCUUUCUUGGCCCUACAUCUCUGCUUUGUCUUUAUUCUACACAAAAGUUCAUCUUUCUUAAGAUUUAAAAACAAUAUGAACACCUUAAAGGAAAAAAGUUCUACGGUUGAUUUGAAUAUGCAGCAAUGUAGGAGCCUAAUGGGGCGCAAUAAUUUCCUGUUUUAUUGUAUUUUAUUUCUUUUUUAAUUUCCUUUCUUUUUGCUUCUGUGGAAAUUUUCCUCUUUUUUUUCCCACCACUGAAAAUGUAUAUAGAUUUAUAAAGGUGCAGGGUUUUGUCAUCAGUCACGAUCACCAUUUCUCGUAUGAUGAAUAACUGCUACCAUGACGAGCCUGUUUCAUAUAAUGGGCUUAAAAAUGACUGAAAUAUAAAACUUUACGUGCUAAGCUGCCAUAUACAGAAGUGUGCAAUAUCACUGAAAUAUAAAACGGUUCACGAGUGAAAUAUUUCCACCACAUAAAACAUGAAAUACACAUAAGCACAAAAACAAACACACGCAGUUGUGGUCAGAAGCUCACACACGAGUCAUCAUGUGCAUGGAUGUCAUUGAAAUCAUCUUUAAUGACUUUACAAACAUGAAUUGUGUUCCCAAGUUUGAAUUUAUUUUGGAUCUUCACUAAUCCACACGAUGUCAAAAAUGUGCAUAGAGCUUUUCAAAUUUAUACAUUUGGUUAAAUUUCCUUUAUCGACCUGCAGCUGAACCAGACACGUUAGUAACUGACAUUUCCAGCUGUAAAUUUCUCCCCUCUUCUUGGCAGAUUUGGUAGAGUUCAUACCCAUGAUGUAUGUAAACUUCUGACCACAACAAAACGAUCAGCGACAAGUCAGAAAAUCUGAUUACUGAAACCAAAACAAGUCCUUUGAUCUCCAGUUAGCCUGGAUCCAUUAACAUGAGCAUCAGAACGUACAGUUUAUUUAUUUAUGGGUGUCUAUCAGCAAAAGAACAGAUGCAUAAAUAAUCAGAAGUAGAUCAAACCACAGUAGCUGUUCUCUAGCACGGUCUAGCUCUUGAAGAAAACACAGCCACGUGUUUUAGAUGACGUUCACCACAACGAACAGGAAGUCUCUCUCCAGCACUAAACUGUUAGAAACAUGAGAAGAAGCCUGAUGCUUAUUGGGAACAGAUUUCUUAGUCAGAUGACGGAUGAAUUUGUUUUCCCUAGAUUUGUUCCAGCAUGUUUAGCAUGAGCUGGGCCAAGACCACCACAGUGAAUACAGUCCCAGCAGUGAG